AUGGCCAACCCCGCCAGCAAACGCCUCUUCAAAGAAUACCGCGGCCUCUCCUCCGACCCUCCCGAAGGCAUCACCGCCGGCCCCGUCACCGAGGACGACAUGUUCCUGUGGGAAGCGCUAAUCCAAGGGCCCGAAGGCACGCCCUUCGAAGGCGGCAUCUUCCCCGCGGAGCUCAAGUUCCCCAAGGACUACCCGCUCGCGCCGCCGACGAUGCGCUUCACGUGCGAGAUGUGGCACCCGAACGUGUACCAAAACGGGACCGUGUGCAUCUCGAUCCUUCACCCGCCCGGCGACGACCCGAACCACUACGAGCACGCGAGCGAGCGGUGGAGCCCCAUCCAGAGCGUCGAGAAGAUACUGAUUAGCGUGAUGAGCAUGCUGGCGGAGCCGAAUGAUGAGAGCCCCGCGAAUGUGGAUGCGGCGCGGAUGUGGAGGGAGCGGCGGAAGGAGUAUGAGCGGAUUGUGCGGGAGAAUGUGAGGAAGGGGUUGGGGCUGUAG